AUGGCUGAAAACCCCAGACCAAAUCUUGCUUUCGAAAAAGAAAGCAUCAUCACACAACAUGGAAUUUUUGCUCUCCUCGUUGGGACACUAAACAAUCAAAUUCAAGUGAAGUAUCAAUCAAUUAAAGGCUCUCCAUUUGAUAGUCACGAAACUAUCAUGCCAAUUUUUCUUGUUGCUCUAUUUAUAUAUGCCACCGCAUCGGUGGCCGAAGUUACACUACGAGCUCGAGAUUCAAUUUACUACAGAGUUGUUGGCAAUCUCCGACUCUUUGCUAGUGCCCUUGCUGCAAUAUUGCUGCUAACGAUUCUCGCUCCCAUUUUGGGAUGCAUUAUUUCGGUCAUAUGGGCCUGCUUGUUUGUGGGAGUGGCAUAUGAGUCAUGCGAAGACUUGUACAACAUUCUAAAACAAAAAACUAGUAAGGUGCUUGAUAUGUUGACCAGGCUAAUUGAAAGUGUGAGAAGCCGCAAAGAUGAACCAAAUCAGCCACAAGUUUAG